CAGCUCGUACGAGUUCGCUCGAUGUUUAGUCCAUCUACCAUUCGAUCGCCAUUUUGUUAUAAAAUCAACUCGUGUUGUCGAUUCGAUAAGCGUCAAAUCGUUCUACAAAGAGAAAUGCAGGGGGAUUGAUCAAGUUAUACUGUGAUAAUCGAUACUUGAUCAUUAUGAAGAAGUGUUCGUCGAUCGUGUGGCGAUUUUUCGAUCGUAUUGAGAAUGACAAUAAGAGAUGUAUUGCGGUGUUGUGUAAAUUGUGCGAUGUUGAAUAUAAAUUUUUCGGUAACACAACAAACUUGCGAGUACAUUUGAAAAACAAACAUUCACUACAGUGGGAAUUGGCACAAAAUCAAACUUUGGACGACAGUAAUUUUCGGAUUGAGGACGAUGAAUCCAAUCAUUCGACGGUUACGCCAAAACGGAAAAAAUAUUCGACGGCCUACAAAGACAAAAAUGUACGUUAUUCAAUAUCAGUUGAUAAUCCAAGAGAUUCGUCAGAAGAAGGAAUGCCAAAAAUUGAAAUACAAAGGAUAGAUGUACUGGAAGAAUCAGAUGUUGAUAAUGACAGAAAUGAAGAGUCGGAGGCUACCUUUAACUUAGUGAGGCAGCUACAUGAAGGUUCCGGUAUCAACAACCCCGAUGAGGAGUGGUUAGAAGAUGACCAGUACCAGACCACAUACGAACCGAAGCGUAAAAAACUUUUAUAUAAAAAAAUAAAAAGGGAGGUACGAACUCCACCAAGGAAAGUGCCAUACAGGCCAGCGAAGAAUGAGAAGAGACAUGUGGUCAUGGAUGGUACAAGUUAUAGGGAUGAGUAUACUGUGUUUGGAGAUUAUGUGGCGAAUAAAUUAAGAAAAUUCAAAACGCCACACACCCGUGGUAAUUUACAGCAGUUGAUAACGACAAUGUUGUGGCAAGCCGAGUAUGGCAUGUACGAUGAUGCCAAUUCGGUAAAGAAAGUUCUGAUGUAUUCAAUACAAGAUUCUGAAGCUGAAACGAGUUUAAUAAAUAAUAUACAAGAUGAGCAGGUGAUUGAGCAAGACAACAUACCAAAUCAAAUAAACCAAAGUAUCGAAGAGCAGGCUUAGGCUAAACAUGUAUUUGUAUUCUAAUUAUAACUUUUAAAUAUUUUAGUUCUUCAUCUGUAUUCUAAAUUUUUUAUGGGGUGGGAGAAGAAUAUUGGCUCUUAUUUAUUUCAAAAAAGUAUUUGGAGUAACUCUGUAUUGUGGUAAUGUACAUUAUAU